GGACCUCUCUUGUGUCAUUCCAGACAUGGCGGCUCCGCUAGGUGGAAUGUUUUCUGGGCAGCCACCUGGGCCCCCACAGCCCCCGCCGGGCCUCCCGGGCCAAGCUUCGCUUCUUCAGGCAGCUCCAGGCGCUCCUAGACCUUCCAACAGUACUUUGGUGGACGAGUUGGAGUCAUCUUUCGAGGCUUGCUUUGCGUCUCUGGUGAGUCAGGACUAUGUCAGUGGCACUGAUCAGGAAGAAAUUCGAACUGGUGUUGAUCAGUGUAUCCAGAAGUUUCUAGAUAUUGCAAGACAGACAGAGUGUUUUUUCUUACAAAAAAGAUUGCAGUUAUCUGUCCAGAAACCAGAGCAAGUUAUCAAAGAGGAUGUUUCAGAACUAAGGAAUGAAUUACAGCGGAAAGAUGCACUAGUCCAGAAGCACUUGACAAAGCUGAGGCACUGGCAGCAGGUGCUGGAGGACAUCAAUGUGCAGCACAAAAAGCCAGCCGACAUCCCUCAGGGCUCCUUGGCCUACCUGGAGCAGGCAUCUGCCAACAUCCCUGCACCUCUGAAGCCAACCUGAGCAAAGGGCAAAGGCAGUCAGACUGUGAGUGGUCUGGUGCGUGAGGUUGACCACACAUCUUUUCCUGUGGACUUGACAUUUUGGAAGAAUUCUUUGCCAGAUUAUGAGUUCAUUUUAGUUUUAUGCUCCCAUCGAAAAAUUUUCCACUAUUUUUAUAAGCUGUUACUUUCUUGAGUACUUUAAGGGUCUGUAGCUUGGAUAAAUCAAGUAAAUUUUUUUUUGUCUUUAGCAAAGUUUUGACUGUGAGUGUGAUGACACAGCUUCUUUUUUAUGGUGGUUUUGCUUGUUUUUAAACUUUUGUGUGACUUUUCA